GAUGACCAGGCACUGCCGCGCAAGACACAUUUGCAACCAAGGAGAAUCAAAAUAGAGAUCAAGAUCCACCUUCCACAAGCGCAAAAUGCUGAGGAAUUAGUUCCCUGCGUUCCCGUUCGUCACUUAGCUCGCAGCUCAUACCCCUGCUAAUAGAAUAAGAACGUCCGCGUCUCAGUUCCAGAGACAGUCGUGGUCGCCGACCUGUACGUAGUGCUGGUAGCUUGCAUUUGUAAAAAAACCAUACGCGGCGCUUUCUCGCGCAGCACCCAGGACGAGCUUGAUUUUCAAUCAUAUCCCGAAAGUGAACUACCAAUGGGUCGCGCGCCAGAAAACUUUGGGCCUGCCGUAGAAGUUGCGCCGGUCGUUGUAUUAAAGAUGAAGAAUUUUCUGUCGCCGGUACGCGUCGAAGAUUCGGACAGUGAUUUUUCCAGCCCGGGCGGCUGCGCCAGCAGCCGACGCGUGGGAGGAGCAAGUUCUUCCGGCACGGAGGAGGCUGGUCUGGGAAGCGGGAAUCAUCUUCGCGAGGGCGGCAGUAGUUCAGCCGGUGCAGCUGCGGUCUUCGGAUUCUCGUCGUCUGCCGGGACCAAACCUUUCGCGCGUCGAGGCAGUACAAAGAUGAUGAAGAAAGAUAGUUGUCUCCCUGUAUCGGAUUAUUUUGGUUAUUGAGUAGUACUAUCGAAAUUCAUUCUGUGCCCGUCUGUUUUUCCGCAGGAGGAGAGUAUUGUGCAGCAAGUCAAAUUCCCGCACCUGCUCCCUUCUGUUGGUCCUCAGGGAAAAUCAUGAGAAAUUCAUUUAUUCUUGACGCAUCGGCCUCACCCUCAGGCUCAACGUUCCGUACACGAAGACACCAAAUGAUGUAUGUACAUCGAUUCCAAAACUCAAAAACCUACCAGAUGGUCUUCUCCUGACCCACGGACCUGGACCGUUGUACACGGCCAAAGGGCGGAUGCGGAAUUAUCUGCCCUUGUUGCAGGAAGAGCACCCGAGCGACCAGCAGGACCAGCGUGCCGCGACUCUGGAAGUGGUACAGCCGACUGCUGGUGGUGGUGGGGAUCAUCGCGUAGUAACUCCAUUUCCACCGCAGCUGGCGCGCGAUGACACGGGGACUUCAGCAACUGGUCGUAAGGACAGCCUGGCAGGUUCAGGCUCCGAGGACGCAGGUCCCAUCAAGUCAAAAGAGAAACGGGAUGUUGAGCAGCCCGCAAACCAGACGCACGAAGCCAACUGCGCGCGAAGUAGACGGGAAGAUGUUGUUGAGGUCGCAAGCGAUAGCGGAAUAAGAGUCAUGACGGGGACGCCGCACGAAGUAGACAGCUGCGCUUUUCCGAUCGUGACAAAUGAAACUGUUACCAAGAUGAACAAUCGGAAUGCCACUCUAGCUUCGACAAGAAGAUCACCAUCGUUGUAG